UGCCAGUUUAUCACACACACACACAAACACACACUAGGCAGGAUGAUGUAAUGUGUUUUUCUUUAGAUUUUUUGGUUUUACAUUUUUUUUCAAGGAUAUAAUUAUGAUUAUUUUUAGUUGCCACACAGAACUAAUGAUGGCUUAAUCAUGGCCGCCCCUCCAUCGUACGCUGACCUCGGCAAAGCAGCCAAGGACGUUUUCAAUAAGGGAUACGGGUUCGGGCUGGUGAAGCUCGAUCUGAAGACCAAGUCAGCCAACGGAGUGGAGUUUAAGACGUGCGGCUCGUCCAACACCGACACGGGAAAAGUGAACGCAAACCUGGAGACCAAGUACAAAUGGGACGAGUACGGCGUGACCUUCACUGAGAAGUGGAGCACAGACAACACACUCGGUACUGAGAUCAGUGUGGAGGACCAGAUUGCUAAAGGACUGAAGGUGACGUUCGACACGUCGUUCUCUCCUAACACAGGGAAGAAAAGCGGGAAGGUGCAGGCGGGGUAUAAGUGCGAGUACCUGAACCUGGGCUGCGACGUGGACUUCGAUUUUUCUGGGCCGCUGGUUCACGCCGCCGGCGUUCUGGGCGUCGACUCCUGGCUCGCCGGCGUCCAGACGACCUUCGACCCCGCCAAGUCCAAAACCUCCCACAACAACCUGGCGGUCGGGUACCGCGGGCGGGACUUCCAGCUGCUUACGCACGUGAAUGACGGCUGUGAGUUCGGAGGCUCCGUGUAUCAGAAGCUGAGUGAUAAUCUGGAGACGGCGGUAAAUCUGUCCUGGACGGCGGGAAACACCAACACACUGUUCGGCAUCGCCGCCAAAUACACACUCGACUCCAACGCCUCCGUUAGUGUUAAGGUGAACAACUCCAGUCUGGUUGGACUCGGCUACACACAGACCCUCAGACCAGGGGUGAAGGUGAUCCUCUCUGCGCUGGUUGAUGGGAAGAGCAUCAACGCCGGAGGUCACAAACUCGGCCUGGGUUUCGAACUGGAGGCUUAAACUUCCUCCUCCUGUGUGUGUGUGUGUGUUAAACACUUGUUAAACACACACACAAACACUCCACCAUUCCUUUAAGUAUUAACACUUUAGUUCUCCUCCUGUAUUUAUUUAUUUAUUUCCUCACUAUUUAUCCUGAGUAUGCGAUUCUUUUCCCUCUGAAUGUAAAACACAUUUGUGCGUUAGUGUUUCUGUCCUGUGUGUGUACGUUAGUGUGUUUACGGUAGCCCUGCUACUACACGUAUGUUUCCCACGGUUGACGGCUAGUUCGCUAGCCUGACCGUCGUGUUUAGGAUUAGCUCGGUGUAACGCGUAGCUGUGAUAAAGACUUUAGCGUUACUGUAUUUAAACAGAACGAGUGAAGAUAAAGAUUAUGAUGCAUAAAACACUAAACCAUGAAGCACCACUAGGGGGUGCUGAUGAGCUGACUGAGAAAAUAAUGUUUGCACGCGUAUAAUCUGGAGAAUACGGUAACGCUGAGCUCUGCUGUGAGUUUGGAGUUCCUGUAUAAACCCCAUUAAAGCUGGUAUUCUGUUA